AGAGAGGCGCAUCGCGAGUUCGCGACCUGUCCAUCGCGCCUCCUUCUUCACAGGCACUGAAGCGCCGCCGCCCGCACCCAGCGGCCGGCGCCGCCGCACCACGACCGCUCUCCGGCCUCCGCACCUCCGCUGCCCCUUCCUGCUGGACGGCUGCACCUCCUCCACUCGCGCCGGCCGCUGCUGCCCUGCUCCUUGCUCUCCCUCGCGGCCUCGCCUCGGAGUGCCAAGCAGCCGCCAGGGAGCUAGGGUUUCGGCCAAAAUUCGCUGCGGCCAGGGAGCCGGUCGGUUCGCCGUAUUCAUCUCUCAUCUCAUUCAGUGGUUUCAGCCAAAAAGUUAGCCAGGACUACCCCAGGUUUGAAUGCUGGUUCCGCCACACUGUACGCUGUUUUCGUUUGAAGCGAGAGGGGGGAAACCGAGGAGAUGAAGCUGGUGGGGUUAACGGGCGGGAUCGCGUCAGGGAAGAGCACCGUGUCCAACCUCUUCAAGGACGCCGGAGUCCCUGUCGUCGACGCCGACGUCGUUGCUCGGAAUGUAGUGCAGAAAGGAACUGGAGGUUGGAAGAAGAUUGUAAAAGCCUUUGGGGAUGAAAUUUUGUUAGACAAUGGAGAAAUUGACAGAGCUCGCUUGGGACAAAUUGUGUUUUCUGACCCAUCAAAGCGGCAACUUCUUAACCGUCUUCUGGCGCCACAUAUUUCUUCUGGCAUAUUCUGGGAGAUGGCAAAACUGUGGAUGAAGGGAUGCAAGGUUAUCAUCCUCGACAUCCCACUGUUGUUUGAGACAAAGAUGGAUAGAUGGACAAAUCCAGUCAUUGUUGUCUGGGUUAAUCCAGAAACCCAGAUCGAGAGGCUCAUGUCAAGAGAUGGUUGCUCUGAAGAACAGGCUCAGAACAGGAUCAACGCACAGCUUGCUCUGGACUGGAAGAAGUCGGAAGCAGACAUAGUGAUCGACAAUUCUGGGUCACUGGAUGACACCAAACAACAGUUUCAGGAGGUGUUGAGGAAAGUCUCUGAGCCCUUGACAUGGAAGGAGCGCUUGCGAUCUCGAGAUGGUCUAAUCUCUGUUGUCAUGUGUACAGCAGUGGGGUUAUUACUUGCCCAGAAGAACCUGCUAUGAUCCUGAUAAGUUUGAGGAGGUUAAAACCAGUGAUGUGUUGUUUCUGGAGACCAGCACGAAUAAGCUUGUGUGGUCUCAUAAGACUGGAAAUUGGAUGGCUGCAUUUGGAACACUUGGUCAUAAAAUAAAAUUUCAUAUGAUUUACUGUAUUACCGUUGAAACAACUCGAUGUCGGUGGCAUAUAGCAUGCCUGAGUGGAGAAAGCAGCUGUCCGUCUGUUUUCUCAGUUGCUUUUACUGGGUAAUGGUUCGAGUCAUGGAACUCUGCUUGGUUUGUUUUGCUGGGCCAAAUAUUGCUUCAAA